AUGAUUGUUACUAAAAAGGGUAAUAAGCAACUGCGUGAGAUCUUGAAAAAUAAAUAUUUACUUACUACUACUACUACUACUACUACUACUACUACUACUACUACUACUACUACUACUACUACUACUACCAAUAAUGAGUCAUUCUUUAUUCCCGAACUAUGUGAGAGAAUACAACCAUCUGAUUCCGUAAAUUUGCGCUUAUCUCGUCUCAUGAAAGUACUUGAAGAAGAUCUUCAACUGUGUUGA